GGGGCCGUGGGGGGGGUGAGCCCAGAGGCGGAAGUUCCCGCGGGUUGUGAGGACGGCGCACGCACUACGAAUCACUUGUCAGCGCUCCUCUGAAGUGGAGGCAUCGGGUCGCUGGACCAGGGUUUCACUUUCUGGGAUUGGACUUUGAGCCAUUAGAACCAUGAGCAACUACAGCGUGUCGUUGGUUGGCCCAGCUCCUUGGGGUUUCCGGCUGCAAGGUGGCAAGGAUUUCAACAUGCCUCUGACAAUCUCUAGUCUAAAAGAUGGUGGCAAAGCAUCCCAGGCAAACGUGAGAAUAGGCGAUGUGCUUCUCAGCAUUGAUGGAAUAAGUGCUCAUGGAAUGACUCAUCUUGAAGCUCAGAACAAGAUUAAAGGCUGUACAGGCUCCUUGAAUAUGACUCUGCAAAGAGCAUCUGCUACAUCCAAGCCUGAACCAGUUGCUGUUCAAAAGCCCACAGUCACCAGCGUGUGUUCCGAGACUGCUCAGGAGCUAGCAGAGGGACAGAGAAGAGGAUCCCAGGGUGACAGUAAACAGCAAAAUGGGAAAACCCCACCUAAACGCCCGCCAAGAAAACACAUUGUGGAGCGUAAUACAGAGUUUUAUCACAUACCUACUCACAGUGAUGCCAGCAAGAAGAGACUGAUUGAGGAUACUGAAGACUGGCAUCCGAGGACUGGCACCACUCAGUCUCGCUCUUUCCGGAUUCUGGCCCAGAUCACUGGGACUGAGCAUUUGAAGGAAUCCGAAACUGAUAAUACAAAGAAGGCUAAGUUUGACAGUUCUCUGGAGGAGCUACCAAAGAGUGGACCUCACCCUCCUGCAAGUCCUCAGGUUUUACAUGUUGGUAGUCAAGUAGCCACACUUUCUAAAAUAAUGACAUAUUAUAUCAAUUUAAGCAGCUCCACAAAGAAUGUGGUGACAAGUUCUUUGGAAGUUUUUCAAAAUUUUUCUACCUCCUCUUCUCCUGCCAGAUACAGCGCUGUGGUUGUGAGCAGCGCAGCUGCUAGUGUGGCUGCUGUGAUUGCUGCAAAAACCAGGCUCUCCAGUCCUGAAAAGUAUCACUCACUCCUGGAUGCAUUUUGCAUCAGCCCUGUUUCCAAGCCUUUAGCUUUUUCGUAUCUCCAAUCCUCGAGGAAAUCAACUGGCUCUAUCCAGGUUAAGAGAACAAGCAAUACCCAGGAGCCUUCUCAGCCAUUUGCUUCAUCAGUAGCUUCAGCACAGCGCGUGCCUGAGAGGCCAGAAAGCCCAGCGUUCGCCAGACCGGGGGUGGCCAGUCUCACAACUGCCACUGCCUUCAAGCCUGUGGGCUCCACCAGCAGUGUCAAGUCACCAAGCUGGCAGCGGCCAAACCAAGCAGCACCUUCCACUGGAAGAAUCUCAGGUGCAGCACCACCAGCCAACUCAGCUGUGGGGCAGCCCCAGCCAAGCGACCAGGACACUUUAGUGCAAAGAGCUGAGCACAUUCCAGCAGGGAAGCGCACUCCAAUGUGCGCCCACUGUAACCAGGUUAUCAGGGGACCAUUCCUAGUGGCGCUGGGAAAAUCUUGGCAUCCAGAAGAAUUUAACUGUGCUCACUGCAAAAAUACAAUGGCCUACAUUGGCUUUGUGGAGGAAAAGGGAGCCCUGUAUUGUGAGCUCUGCUAUGAGAAGUUCUUUGCUCCUGAAUGUGGUCGAUGCCAAAAGAAGAUCCUUGGAGAAGUCAUCAACGCUUUGAAACAAACUUGGCAUGUUUCCUGUUUUUUGUGUGUGGCCUGUGGAAAACCCAUUCGUAAUAAUGUUUUUCACUUGGAGGAUGGCGAACCUUACUGUGAGACUGAUUACUAUGCACUCUUCGGUACUAUCUGCCGUGGGUGUGAAUUUCCCAUAGAAGCUGGCGACAUGUUCCUGGAAGCGCUGGGCUAUACCUGGCAUGACACUUGCUUUGUGUGCUCAGUGUGUUGUGAAAGUUUGGAAGGUCAGACCUUCUUCUCCAAGAAGGACAAGCCACUUUGUAAGAAACAUGCUCAUUCUGUGAAUUUUUGAAAGUCAACAUUUCAGAAGACAAGAAAGAAAUUUGAAGAGAAAGAGGAGAAUUAAAAUUACCAAUUGAUUUUUAGAUACAAUACUUAUAUGGAUAUUUGAAAAAUAAUAGCAGGCCUGAAGGGAUAAACUCCAGGUUUAAAAAUGAAAUCUAUGAGGAAAUACUUGGCUUCAUAACAUAAAGAGACAGUAUGACACUUGUUAUUACUUUUUCCCUAUAUUUUCUGCCCAUAAAAUAACUUUUAUAAAACCCAAUUUCCUGGUUGACUAUUAAAUUCAUUUUAGAAUAAAUUAGUGAAGAAUUAAAUUUUAGAAUAAAAACUCCAACCUCUGUGCUAAAAUAAUUAUGCUUUCUUUCCUUAAUAGGUAGUUACAAGUAAAUCUGUAAAGGGCAAUGAAAAUGCCUUAUACUUUAUCUGUAAGUGACACAUUGUAUUUUUUAAAAAAUAGUGCUUACCUUUAAAACUUUUUUAAAAUAGGAGUUUAAAUGGAGAAUUUCAUCAAUAGUAGCAAGUAUCCAUUUUUUAAAACUGUGUGGAUUUUUUUUUAAUUUCCCAGUUGAUCAUUCCACUGAAGAAAGGACAAUGAGAUUUUUGAUCAAAAUGUGUCAUUCCAAUAAGAGAUCCUGUAUUUUUAUACCCCUCAAAAGCCUCCAUAUAUAGAUCACAAAUCUCAACCUUUUGCCUUUUAUUAAAACAUGACCAUUUUUAUUAUUGUGUAUGUUUUAUCGCCUGUGGCAGUCAAGUGCCUUGUUUGCCUCUUCCUUCAUGCUCUGAUAAAGAGCUAAUUGAACAAGUUGGACUGUGACAGUUUUCUCUCUUUGAAGAGAAUAAACAGAAGAAAUGUGAUUGGGAAUUAUAGUAAAUUAAAGUAUUGGAUCCAAAAUAUUCUCCUCCCCAAGUCCCCCCUUUUUGACAGUGAAUCAGUUUCACAGUUGUCCUACUGACUGAUGAACAUUUGAGAGCUCUCUGCAGAAUAAUAUUUUUUCUUAAAUGCUCCAUUAGAAAAAUUUAAAAUUGGUUUGUGGAUGUGAUAAAAUCUAAAUUGUGUUUUCCUUUUGAUAGUUCUCUUUCAAUAAUAAACGAACCACUUCCAGAUGUGAUCACAAAGUUUGGAAAACUUGCACGCACAGCAGUCUGGUAGUAGAGGAGGGGAGCAUGGUUAAUUACCCAGAAUGGCCUGUUGUUUGUGUUCUUCAUCCGGGGAAACUUACACAGAUGCCGCAUGAAGACAGAAACAACUGAGGUAAAAAUUGUAAUAGAUCCUAUUGACAUUUGCCCAAUGAGAAAAGACAUCACAACAUUUGAUGUUUUUCUCGUUGUUUCCAGAAUGGAUGAGAGUUCAUGAUCCCACUAAGUUAUAGUUUAAGUUUGUUUGGAGGUGCUUUCAAAUUUGAGAUUGAGCCCCAGGUCCUUCCUCCCCCCAUCACUUACUGAUGACUUCACUUCCACUGUGUACGUGUUUGUUAUAGAGAACGAUUUUAGGCUACCAUAUUUGUUUAAGCUCCCUAAAAAUCUUUCAAGGCAUCUGUCCUGAAAGCUGUUAAUUUGUGGUCUAGCAGAUGUAAACUUUAUGCAGAUAAUAAUCAACAGGGGAUAAAGAAUGAGAAGGGUGACACAAAGUGGCAAACCGAAUGCUUCCCCAGUGGCAACCCUAAGCCACCUUUUCACCCUGCAUCUUGUAGGCAGGUGAGAAAUUGAUUGUUUUGUUUUUUUAAGUGCUGGAACUGAAUUCUGUAUUAUUUCUCAUUGCUGCUGAAACCACCUAUAGAAGACGUACUAGCUAAUAUGCAUUGUCGUAUCUUAAUGUCAGUCUUUCGCAUUACACAAUAUAAAACUAGUUGGUGGUUUUGUUUUGGUGUGGUAGAAUGUGUUGUUAUUUAGUUUUGCCUUUAUAGAUUAUAUGCCAAGAUAGUUUUUGACAAGUCAAUGGCAUUUGGGUAUUUCCUUGAAAGAAUUUUAUUUGACCUGAAUUUUUUAUAAAAUUAUCUUACAUUAAUAUAUCAUUCUAUUAGAUUUUUCCUUCUGCAUAUUAUUCAUAGAGUAUAAUGUUGGCAUUUCUUUAAAUUUUAUCCUUAAGAGAAUAACAUUACUUCCUAAUUUAUCAUUGUCAUUGUGCUUUGUUCUGCUCUUCUCUUUCUAUCGGUUCCUAAAACAGUUAAUCCUAUGAAAUAAAUAUUGAUUAUAACCCAUAAGAAUCUCUGUAUUUUCCAGUGGGUAAUGCCAUAUUUAAUACACCAGCAUCAGCCUUUCAAUAACUCAGGCAGAGCACUUUAUUCUUCUGGUGAGCUCCCUGAAUAUUUAUUUUCCUGAUUAUAAAUAUUCUAUGUCAGUAGCAUUUUUUAAAUUAUUAUGUCUUUACUGUAGAGCUUUUACUUUUAAUCUCUCUAGAUGUAUAUGUUGCAAUUCUGUACUUAGUACAAUACAGAUUAAAAUCAUAGUACGUGACUUUAAAGCAUCCCAUAUUUGGACUUCCAAGUUUCAGGAUGUUAGUAAUAGGUUCAGACUUGAACAUUUCUCUAGACUUACAGGGACAGAAUGUUGCCCACUGAAGUAGCAACCUAAAAACAAUCCCCUGUGCUUACGCUUGUAGUAGCUUACAUGUUUCCUGUUGGUUCAUGUAGAGUCUAAAACUAACAUCUAAUCAUUUGAUCAGUAUUAAAACAAAUAAGGGUUUAAAUCUUCAAAAUAUUAGUGUAGCAUUAUGUUUAAAAGUUAUCUACAUCAAAAAUGUAUUUAUGGUACCAUUUUCAAGGAGUACUAUAGUAUGAUCAAUUUUAUAGAAAGGAAUUGCUUCCUCUCCCUGUUCACGUGUGAGUCUAGCAGUGGCGUGUUAACACUCGUUUGAGGUUUGCGGUUUAGUCAUCCCUGUUGGAAGGAGAGGCUUUUCCGACGGGGAGGAGAAACACACUGAGCAGUUUUACACACAUCCAGUGUGGCUUCAGUUCGUCACUCUUCAUCCCCCAAAUAUUUUAAAGUAUUGGGUUUGGAUUCUCAAUGUAUCAUUUGCCUUAUCUAUUUAUCUCUAUUUUCUGUUUCUUUACAUUUUUAAGUUUGUAUAAUUAUCUGUGCCAUUUUGCUUUUGGAUGUAUUUUCUAAUUUAAAAACCACGUAAGAAGUAUAAUCAGCAUACUAAUACCUUAAUGAGCACAUGAUAAAUAAAUGGCUGCAGUGACGUA